ACUAAAUACCGGUACCGGUCCACGUGGAGGGUGGAGUGAGUAUAUAACUUCUCCCUCUCUUGGGGACCUCUUCUACUAAGUAGGUUAUCUUCUUCUCCAUCAGAGCAUCACAGUGCAUAUAUAGUAUUAAAUAAAGACCCAAUUAUAAUCAUCAACAAGAACAAUAAUAAGCUUUGCUUUCAUGGCGGACGACGACGAGUCAACCUCGCCUUCAAAUCUGCAAAUCACUGUCCAGAAAAGCCCAUCCGAGGCCCAACUCUCCGACCUCGGAAUCAAAUCUUGGCCCAAAUGGGGUUGUUCGCCGGGGAAAUACCAGCUGAAGUUUGACGCGGAGGAGACGUGUUAUUUGCUGAGGGGAAAAGUGAAGGUUUACCCCAAGAACUCGGCGUCGCCGGAGACGGUGGAGUUCGGCGCCGGCGACCUGGUGGUCAUACCCAAGGGGCUCAGCUGCACUUGGGACGUCUCCGUCGCCGUCGACAAACACUACAAGUUCAGCUCCUCCUGAUCCGAUCCACCAACCCGGCCGCGGCCCCAUUUUGCUCGUUCCUGUUUUUUGGCCGGAGAAACCAAUAAUUAAAUUACAUAAUG